AUGAAAACUUUAACUGUGGUUUUCGGAUUUUUCGCCAUACUUAUAGCUAACGGAAGUGCAUCGAAAGUACGCUAUGACAAUUUUAAAGUAUUCAAAAUUAAAACUCAAAAUGAAACGCAUCGACAAAUGAUCGAGAAAUUGGCUGAGAAUACAGAAAGUUUUAAUUUAUGGCGCAGCGAUGGCAAAGAAGUUCAUAUUAUGGUUAGCCCGCAAAAGCUCAUACAACUACAGAACUUGACGCGUUCCUAUCAACUACCUUUGGAGGUUAUGGUAUCCAAUGUGCAAAGCUUUAUUGAUGUUGAGCAUUCUCCAAAAACUACAGACGAUCUAUCCUUUGGCUGGACACGCUACUAUCCCUUAUCAGCAAUCGAAGAGUUUCUAGAUGAAAUACUAGCAGAACACCCGACAGUUACAAGUGGCAUCGAUAUCGGCACUUCCUAUGAAGGACGUAAAAUACGAGGCAUUAAAAUCUCAUACAAAGAGGGUAAUCCUGGUAUCUUCAUUGAAUCCAAUAUACACGCACGCGAAUGGAUCACCUCAGCGACGGCUACUUGGUUCAUUAAUCAGCUUCUAACAUCAACAGAUGCCAAUGUGCGCGAUUUGGCCGAAAACUAUGAUUGGUAUAUUGUGCCGGUUUUGAAUGUGGAUGGUUUCGUUUAUACGCACGAAACGGAUCGCAUGUGGCGUAAGACUCGCCAACCGGUUGAGGGAUCAGCAUGCAUAGGUGCCGAUCCGAAUCGUAACAGCGAUUCGCAUUGGAUGGAGAAUACUAUGGAGCACACGUCUGCCGAAAUAACAUCAAAAUCGUGCGCCUAA